CCUUUCAUCCUCGCCGCUGAAGGCGACCAGGUCAUCUGUUCCCUCUGUGUUUAUAGAGGCUGCUGCUCUCAUUUGUUCUACCUGUUGAAUCACAGCAACAUAUUACGCAACUGCGAACAACAUGAACAAGCAGGGCCAGAAAGCUAGGGCCGCUCCUUCACCAGUCACAGGCGUAUUCAAACCCGAUACUAUUCGCGAUGUGGCAGACUCGCUCAACGUCACUUCGUUGUCGGAUACCGUAGCUUCAGCACUGGCGAGCGAUGUUGAGUACAGAAUACACCAGGUCGUCGAGGAAGCAGCUCGCUUCAUGCGACAUGCACGGCGCACGACCAUGACAACGUCAGACAUCGACCAGGCCCUCCGCGUGCUGAACAUCGAGCCACUGUACGGUCAUUCUUCACACAAUCCCCCCACCUUCCGCCGCGCACCGCCCAUACCCCAGUCUACCUCCGGGGCAAUAUACUUCGUAGAAGACGAGGAGAUUGACUUUGACCGCGUCCUCCGAGAAGAGAAAAUCACACUACCGAACGGACCGCGCUGGGCUGCGCACUGGCUCGCAGUGGAAGGCGUCCAACCACUGAUACCCGAAAACCCGCCUGCCAUACCAAAGGACUCUGACCCGGACGCACUUGCAAAGCCCUCAUCUCCGUCUCGUCCGGGUCAGAUGUUUCCCCUCACGCCGCCUUCCGACCGACCAUCCCCUGUACAGGCCGCAAAGAAGCAGCAGCAACAACAGCAGACCGUCAAGCAAGUACUAUCGCGUGAGCUACAAUUGUACUACACGCGUCUCACUUCGGCGCUGCUCCCCCCAUCCGCGUCCGACUAUGCAAAACGGACAGCAGCGCUUGCGAGUCUACGAAACGAUGCUGGGCUACAGGCGCUCCUGCCCUAUCUCGUGCGAUGGGUCGGAGAGGGCGUCGUGGGCGCGCUCAAGAGUGGUGCGCAGAGCGAAAACGACGGUCGGGUGCUCGAGGUGCUACUGGAUGUCAUCGGCGCACUUCUCGAUAAUCCGACGCUGUUCGUCGAACCCUACCUCCACCAACUCCUCCCUCCAAUCCUCUCGACCCUCCUACAUUCAUCCCUCCCUCCAUCGCACGCCGUGCAUCUGCGGACGUCAGCGGCACAAAUACUCUCGCACCUCCUCACGCAAUACUCGACAACCUACCCCUCACUUCCGCCGCGGAUAAUGAAAACGCUACUGCUGGCGCUGAUAUCACCCGAGAAGAGCAGGAGCACGCGGGAAGGCGCCAUCCGCGGUCUCAUAGGCAUCGGGAAGGAGGCGGUGCGGAAAGGGUUGGUGGAGGGCGGAGGCGCGAAGGUCGUUGGCAGCGAGUGCAUGCCUGGGGAAGAGGGUGGUCUUGCAGAGGCUGUCACGGACGCGUUGAAGGUGUUGCACCCACCGAGUGCGCAGCCGGUACCACUGGACGACGCGAAUGAGCCAGACGCUGCUACCAUCCAGCAGCUGAAGGACACAGUCGGCGACUUCUUCGCGGAGAGGCUCUGGGGAGAUGCUGUAUGGGCAAGAGCUGUCCUCACUGGGGACAGUAAGAGUUAGUCACGAUGGUGCGGGUCGCGAAUGUUUUGUACGAUGCUGUAUUUGCUCUGUUUAUAGUCUCCAGUGCGGCAAUUCUCAUUACUUGGUCGCUCGAA